UCAGAUGUUAAAUUAAUGAAUGACAUUUACGAUGAGUCGUCGAAAAUAAAUGAAGUCAACAUCCGAGAAUUUUCAGAACAAUAUGAAUUUGACGAAAUAAGCUCAAUUAAUGUAAUACCCCAGUCGAUAAAUACAUGGCCCAUUACCGCUUAUGAGUUCAAAAAGUUUCAAAAGCUUAUUCAUACAAGUUCCAGCAUUAAAAUUUCAGUAGAAUGGGCAUUGACACACCACGAUGGUGUUAAGAUAAGCCGCGGAAAAAACACAGUUAUGAUGGAAACUUAUGUACAUUCCAUAUUCACCGAGUGCCUGAAAGCAUUAAUUAAAAGUUCUAAUACAGUACCGGGUUCUUGUAAGCAAGUGGUCAUACCCAAUCUAAUACCGAAGUUUUUGAUACUACAUUUAAAAUCUACUGAAACGUUAGUGAAAUCAGAAUUGAUGAUACAUAACCCAUGCAAGUCUAUAAUAUUUAUAUAAGUUUCCUAUUUAUUUGAAUUCGCUGGAGUGAUUUAUAGCUAAAUAGUAUGUAAGCUAAUUGUUGAAAUACGCCUUCUAUUGUAUAUCUUGAGGGUGGUACAUUUUCAACCAUUUUUAAAAGUUUUUGAUUUUCAUGAUUUAAAACAGAAAUGACAUCUAAAAUCAUUUUUUUUAUAUAGGUACUCGCCAUCUGUAUAGGUAUGGGAGUUUUGCUCGAGCAAUAUUAAAGGAAAUUACAAAACUUGCUUCUAUAACACCAUCUGCUUGGUUAGUUAGGUAGCAUUUUCAUAACAUUAGUUUGUUUACCAAAUUUUAUUUUCAUAGAACAUACCCUAUUUUGCCUCAAAUCAAAACAGAUAGGAAAUUCUUUAGUUCUUUACUAAAUAUUCUGUGAUUGUUUCGUAAUGACGUUUUAAAUCACUGACCUUAAACGGCGAUAAUGUAAGUUCUCAUAUGAGAUAAAAUGGUUAAUCGUUUUUCUGUAUGAAAAAGAAAGUACAGCUCUUCCCAAUUCCCAUUGUAAUUUGAAUUCCCGGUUUUUUUCUUCAUAUUUCAGUUUAACCGCUUUUUUUGAAAUUGACAUCGUAACUAACUUUCGCCAUAAUAUGUAUCGGUAAAAUUUUACAAAUAUUUUACAAACAAAUUAAGGUGUUUGGAUCAGAAAUAUGCAACGCAGACUAUUUUUACAACGAUAUAAUUUCAUAAUGUACCUAUUGGAAUUCGUUAGAAAACUAGUAGGUAAUCUAAUAAAAACAAAAUAAUAUUGAACUAAUUCGUAAUUUGAUAUGUUUAUCCGGCUGCUAGCUAUCUUUAUUAUUUUGUGUCUGAAGAGUACAUAUUCCAUCAA